CAGAGGUUCAUACAUGAAGUCACUGCUAUGGAGGAUACUGUGGAAAGGACCUACGCAGUCUUUUGGUGCCCUCACAUGUCAACAUUGAUUGAGUCCAGAGCCCACUGAAUGCCAUCAAGGCCUGGUUGAGUGACAUUCCAAGCCUAGAAGAUGAUGGUACGUGAGAGAGAACGGAGACGGAAGAGAGAGGGCUCAGGGGGCCGAGGGAAGCCUGAGGGAUGGGAGGAAGCUAGAGGGGAAUUCUACCAAGAAGCCUACAGUGACAACAGCACAGGACGAAGAGAGACUGGGAAGCGACCAAGUCAAGAUGAUGUUGAAGCCAUGCUUCCUAGCCGGCAACCUGGUGCAACUGUGAGAAGAAAGAAUGUACGCCGAGCCUCACUUUAUAAGACAGGUGUGAACCGUCGUCAGUCACCUACAGCUGAGCUCAACUAUGAGACCCUGCCAGAUUUGUCAGGAGAGGAUGUGACCAAUGAAGCAGAUGUAUGGGAGCAGCUUCAGGGCAUCAAGUCAAUGGCCUUACCUAUGGCUAGGAAGCGAGAACAUCAGAGAAAAAUCAAAAGUAAAUUCCACAUCUUGAAGAGUUCUGGAUUUCAAGGCUUCAGUCUGCAAGGAAGAAAAGCUCGCCAGAACUUGGCUCUUCGCUUCCAGGAGCAGAAGCAUUGGGUCACACCCUUCCACUCAUCUUUACGACAAAUUGAGGGACAUUAUGGGACUGGCAUAGUUUCAUACUUUGUAUUUCUCCGCUGGCUACUAUUGCUCAAUGUUCUGCUUGGUGUCCUCGUAGUCAUCUUCAUCAUGGUCCCUGUGGCUGUUGUGCAAGAUGAUCAAUAUACCACUCCAAAUGCCACUGAUUGCUCCAAGCAAUAUAUAGAUGAAGUGGAGAAAUACAAAGAAGGUGAAGACCUAUUGGAUAAGGUCAGUGAUGCAGUUAAGGGUACUGGGUGGCUGGAGCGCACAUAUUUGUUUUAUGGCUUUUAUCCAAAUAUUUAUCUAAAUAUAGUUGGAUCAGAGUUGACAUAUAAUUUCCCUCUGGCAUACAUGGGCACAGUCUUCUUCAUCUUCUUGCUCACUUUCUUGCUCAUAGUCCAUUCCGCUGCCAAAGGAUUCCAGGAAUCCCUAAUGAUCUCCAAAGGAAGCUUUAAUGAGUAUUGCAACAUCUUUUUUGCUGGUUGGGAUUUCUGCAUUUUCGAUAAGUCAGCAGCUCUCACCAAAAAGCGAGGGAUCAUGAAUGAAGUCAAGAGUUUGAUCUCAGCAGAGCGUUUGAGAGAGAGCAUUCGCCGACGCACCAAAUGGCAGAGAAUCGCACUGUACUUAAUUCGUAUCUGCAUGAGCCUGGUGGCCCUGGGGAUUCUUGGUGGUUGUGGGUUUCUCAUCUUUGUCUCAGCUGGAUAUUCUCUUGAUAAAUUGUCAAACUCAACUGAUGAGAAGACCAUUGAUGGGAUUCCAACCAUUUUUUACAGUUAUCUCCCAACUUUUGUGAUCACAAUGUUGAACAUGGUGAUACCCAUGUUCUUCUCAAGCACAAUUCGUGUUGAGAAAUAUGCUCCCCUUACUGUCAUCAAAGUCCUAUUGAUCCGGACGCUGGCUGUCCGGAUAUCAUCCAUUUUUUUCUUGCUUGUUUCAUUCCACAGCAUGAUCAAAUGCACACUUCCAGACAAUGGAUGUGUUGAUGAAUCUUGCAAAACUCCAUUAUGCUGGGAGACAUAUGUGGGGCAACAAAUGUAUAGACUGGUUCUCUUUGAUUUCAUUAUCCGUGCAAUAACUCUCUGCCUUCUUGCUUUGCCCCGCUCGAUGAUUACUCGCUGCCUUUCUUCCAAAACCAUGAAGGCCAUCCUAGAAGUUCAGUUUGAUUUGCCGCAACAGGUUUUGGAUCUCGUUUAUGGACAGACUUUGUGUUGGCUAGGAACCUUCUUCUCACCCCUCAUCCCUGUCAUUUCUUUGUUCAAGCUCUGCUUCCUAUUCUACAUGAUGAAAUUUUACCUCUACAUCAUUUGUGUUCCCCCCACCACUGGCUACCGAGCAUCAAGAACCAACUCGUAUUUCUUUGCUGUUCUCCUUGUUUCAUUUAUCAUCAUUGCCAUUCCUCUUGGAUAUAUGAUUGCAUCCAUCAAUCCAUCCCGGGCAUGUGGUCCAUUUCAAGGACAGGAAUACAUGUGGGAUAUUGUUGUGACUACAGUUUCAUCUUGGCCAAAAUGGACUCUGGAUGUAAUUUCUUUUUUGAACACAGCUGCUUUCAUUAUCCCAGUCAUUGUCUUGCUUUCCCUGAUGCUUUAUUAUUACUGGGCUGUUGCGGGUGCACGACGUGCCAAACUGACCAUGCUUCGUGAGCAUCUUAUUCUUGAGGGAAAGGAUAAACACUUCCUCCUCACCAGGUUGCAUGCACUGUUGAAGAAGAAAACUGAAUUGGAGUCAGAACCCCAUUCAUGAGUUUCCUCCCUUUUGUAUCCUUGUUAGGUCCAUUCCCAUUGCAUUCAAUGCUUUGAAUCCAAUCCAUGUCAGUGAUUUUUAUAGAGGUUUUUUUGAUGACUUGCUUUUGAAUAUUAUACUUGAGAGCACAAGAUCUCCCCUGAUAGUGUGGGACAACUAUUAAGCUUUAUCUGGUUGCAUGUUAUUUGGUAUGUGCAGUAUGGAACAAGCACUUGGUUCCUUCAUUUCUUCCAUGAUAUCAAUGCCAACAAUGAUUUACAGUGAUCAGUGUCUAGUCAUACUCUGUUACUAUGUGAC